AUGGUGGGCCUGUGCGCAGCCUACACGUUGGGCCGCCACAGGCUCGUGCACAGCCUGCGCAUAGAGAUACGGUCGGCGAUCUUGCGGUACAUAAGCAGUAGGUCUGAAGUGGGCUCGUGGUCGGCCUUUGCCUAUGGUAGGCCGAUGGUGGGCUUGUGCGUCGCCUAUACGAUGAACUGCCGUAGGUCUACGGCGGGUGAACCAUGUGCGAACCAUCGGCCUCUGGUGAGCAUGCGCAAGGCGCCCAUCGGGGCCAGCCUGCCCGUCGGGGGCCCGGCUGCUCAGGACGAGCUGCCACGAGGGCUGCAGCAGCUGCUCGGCCCCGGCGCCGCGACGCUCCGGGAGCUGCGCGACGAGCUGCGCCGCCUGCGCGGGCGGAUGGCCGCCCGGCGGGGGGGUCGCCCCGAGGACUCCGAAUACAGCUCCGAGGACGCGUCCUCGUCGUCGGGCAGCGAGGAUGCGCAGCCCCCCGUGUCCGCGGGCGCGGAACCGGGGCCGCCUGGAUUUGCCCUCGGGCGGGACUUCAUGCCCCUGGACCUGUUUCCAGAGCCCCGGUUCCACUACACGGGGCACAUGGCGCGCGAACUGGAGGUGGUCCCCGCCAUCCGCGUCAGCUCGGACGGGGUGGCGAGGCGCGAGUUCGAGCCGCCCUCGCACCGCGCGGGUUUCUGGCUAGAGCGCCUCGUGGAGAAGCCGACGCUGCCCCCGGCAGACUGGACGCCCGACAGCGACGGCUGGGCGGGCCCGGGGGGCGAGCCGAGCGAGCCGCGCGGCUGGGUGAGCAGCCUGGGGCGACGCCUGGUGGAGGACGCGAGGGAGAUCAUGCAGGAUUGGGCUGGCGAGCGCGAGCAGGCCAACUCUCUGGCGCCCGACGCGGUGCCCCCAGAGAUCUUCAGCCAGGACCGCCCCGGCGACGGCGAGGACCGCCUGGAGCACGACUGGAAGGGAGAGGAGAUGCGCUGGCGGAAGCACUACCUGGAGACCCUGAUGCUGACGCGUGAUGCGCCUCCCUUCGCCGCGCGCGCGUUCCCCUCGUCGCAAAGUGCCAACUCGCGAACGUUUGCUUCUGCGCAACACGUCGUCAGUCCCUUGCGGCGGAUCUCUGCUAUUUGCGAGUAG